CUCUUCACAUACUCCCCCGUCUCAUCUGUGCUUGGACGUCUAUAUUUGGCCACAGAAUGCCGAAGGGCAUCCUUCACCGCUGCAGGCAUUUUAUCUGAUGAUCUAAAGCCAAAUCCCAUGAAUUGAGGAGCGAAGGAAGGAGAUAAAGCUUUGAACCCUGAAAUAUACACCCACUCCCCCUCCGAUAUCAAUCCCUAAAUCCUCUCUCCAUCUGCCUCUGUAAGGUCUUGAACAUAGGUUCUUUUACGCCAUCAGGACCAUCCCGCGCCGGCGAACACGCGACGCUAUCUACGAGUUUGUUUUCCUUGGCAUACGUCUUCCACUCUUUGCUGUGGUGCUGGUCCUUUCACGCAGACCGACAGGCACAGUAGAUCUGAUAUGGAUACAGCGUCAUGCAUAUGUUCGAAGCUGAGGCCAAGCGUCGGGUCCAAGUUCAUCCGCCCCGCCGGUUCUUUGGUGCCGCGAGACAUACGAAAUCAGAAACAUAGACAGAGGGGCACCUACGGGUCCAUGUUUUCUCGUGAGGAGGCGGAGAUUUAUCGAGAGGACAGGAUUUUCACGCACUCCAGACAAGAGUGCCUUUCGCUGUUCGACUGGGUCCUUUCGUAUGGAGGGUUCAAUUCAAGAAGCUCGCAUAGGCCUUCAUUCGACUCGGACACUCCAGACACUGUUUACCAAGCCCGAGUGAGCAAGUAUCAUUACUCAUCGACUGCCGUUGCAAACGACACCUAUCUCGGGCAGAUUAGGACGAAUGGAGUUGUUGCCCACACCAUCUCCGAGCCGUAUCAACCGCCAUCAGCACCUACAAAUUUAUCCGUGCGCGGAAAUCAAAACUUCCUGGGUGCAGAUCCUGGCAUACGUCCGUCUUUCAGACUCGGGUCUCUAGCAGAGCAGCCGUUCGUGAGAAUGAGGAUCACACAGUGGACCGCAUUCUCCGACCAUGAUGAAAGUGGGUGGAUAUCCAUGACUGCCGUUCCCCCUCUGAGCGUUUAUCUACUCUGGGUCCGGAAUGGACCUUCAGUGGAUGCACUUGCACCGGGCGUCGGGGGAACAGACGUCGAGAUCGGCCUCACACCGCCCCUCCUGCAAAACUGUCAGUCAUAACCCCGUACAUAAGCACAAGAUGAAUGAUGAGCCAUGCGUGCUUCGUCCUCCUUCGUAAUUUUUG